CUGUUGCUGAUCUACAAUUCUGCGCAGUGGUCAACCAGGAACCAGUCUAUGGCCGCAACGUUUGACUGCUGAUUUGGCCGGGCAUCCCCCAUCGAUCAGUACCUAUCUCUCCACACUUGCGACUGCGCGUCUAUUUCCGUCUCUCACUCGAGGUUCGUGCCCAUGGCUGCACACCAUCUGUCUAAUGGAAAGAAAGACAAUUUCAACCAAUACCUGAGGCUCCGAGAUGUCUAGACUCUUUGGUCUCGGAAGAGCGAGGAAACGGGAUGUCGCUAGGCAAUCACGAAUAGACGCCAUCCAUGAUGAUGACGCCAGUCACGUUCCUGCCACUUCGGGCUUGCCUCUUCUUCCACGGCCACUGGCGUCUAUGGUGUCGUUCAUGGCCCAGUCGACUUCCCUGUCUCUUCGCCUGGGGACCUUUGUCGGCGGGAUUGCCCUUGAUGGAGCGAAAGCCACCACGCUGACGGGGCUCGAGCUUAGUAGAGCAGUAAUCGAAGGAAUAUUAACACGAGCUGGGCGGGAUGUUGCCAUUCGGACCCGCGGAGAGCAUGGGAAGGCAGAAGCAGAGUCGCUGUUAGAACGAAGCCUGGCCACUUUGCACAAGACAGUCACGUCUGCAUCAUUCUUUGCGGCUGCGUCGUUUCAUUUUUCUUCAACCACGCUUUCAUCUGCUGCCAACAUGUCACAGUCUCUCUUAUCUACCCUUGACGCUAUACUUGGCUCCACAGAGUCUUCGAGGGCGAUUGCGGCCAUCAUUACCCUCAUUCGAAGGGAGUUCAGGAGCCCAAACGCCGACAUUGGAGCCGAUAAUAUAGGCGUUGGCGAUCUUUUGGUUGGCUGUGUUGGGUUUGCCCUACUGCAACGCUGGGGAAGGAGAAACACACAGCUUCAUAUACGCGCGAAUAAUGGGGAAGAAACCGUGUGGGAUGUUGUUAUCUUGGAUAGUGGGCUGAGGGCAGAUGUUGUUGGUUCUCACCAGCUUGAAGUGGCGACUAUUUCCCAUGAUCCGUCGCGCGAGAAGACAAAUCGCUCGUCCUUCAUAUCCCCUGGGAACGAUGAAGAGGUUUUCGAUGCUGUGCAGCGACCGGCAAGUGCCGUUGAUCCCAACGAGUACCCAUACCUGUCGCUUCCCCUGGAAGAUCAGCACCCGGUAUCAGACGAAGAUAUUCGCUUGUACAUCAUGAAGCAACUUCCCCAGGGCUGUCGUGCCUCUAUCCGUACAGAUUUGGUUACGGCACGUACUAUCACAGUGGAAGUAUACGACCACGACAUUGCAGAGAUUUCCCCUCCACCAGGCACAAUGAUGAUCGAGGAAACUUUCAAUGAUGAACUUGAUCACAGACAAGCAACCGGCUCUCAUCUUCCCAGACACACAGUAGUAUUCCGGACAGCUUUCAACAAAACUCAAAGCUUGGAUGUGAGACCUUCACAAGAUUAUGAUACGGUAGUAUCCCAGGUCGGCACUGGGUCAGGAGACCCAAGCAGUCGCCAAGCUCUCGGAGAAGCCGGGGAUGAGGCGGUAACAGAGAAUAGGGCAUCUCAGAGCAAGCUUGCCUCAGAGAGACACGUUGAAGUUGAACCUAAUGUGAGGGCAACACAAAUUGUCACCCCGAAGAAGCAGAUUCGUGGCGACUUCAGCCGGCAGCCUAUGAAUGAAGCGGGGGUAGCACCUAGAAAUUCUCACGAGAAGGCUAAGUCUUCGCAGAGAAUGAAGCCCGUAAGCUCGAACAAGAAAGAUGCUGGUAAAUCUACUGGGUCAAUUAUCGAGAACCCAAGUACUCCAUCCUCGUCUGAGAACCAGCCUCACCGAGGCACAUCAAAAAAAGGUUCUAACUCCACGAAAAAGUCCGACAAUCUGUCAAUAUCGCAUAAUCGCGGGCCCUUAACAUCUGUGGCAAAUAGAGGCUUACCGAGGACACCAUUGCAAGGACACCGAAUAAGAUCCGCUCCUAUUCCAACAACACGUCAAUUCGAAUCACGCGAAGCCAAUCAUGGAAGGAAUCCAAGGACGGAACGUUAUGCGGUACAUGAGAAAAAUAACGAGACAUAUGUGGCGCAGACGGAUGCUUAUACUCGACAGUCUCUGGACUUACGACCAGGAACGCCAACAUCACGGAGGGCUCAUGUGCGUAGCAGCAGCUCGAUGUCGUUGACUAGAUCGGAAAGCGAUGUGACGAUAUCCAUCAAUGACGAAUCUCGACCAAGCUCCCCCGUCUUCUACCGACAGUCAGGAUCUUUUUCUCCCAGUCUAUAUUCACUGGCAACCGCGGGCUCCGAAACAUCCCUCAUCCUGGCUCAUCGUGCCCGAAAAAGCGCAUAUGAUGAGAUAGAAACGAUCCAAGCACUUAACCGAGACGGCACUGUUCCUGGGAUUUUCCCGGAAAAACACUUUGUGCAUAACAUCAGACGGUUUUGUCGCUUCUCCUCGGCUUCUUAUGGCUCGAACGCACUCAAGGUCAUGGGCAUCCCGCGGACCAUGCAGGGGCUUCCUUAUCAAGAAUCCCACAGUCCUCAACAUAGCGAAUUCUCGGAUCAUGCUGGCCUACCAGCUUCUACCAUCCUCCUGUCUUCUUAUGUAGACCCUGCAGGUGGGACUAAUGCUGCCGGGGAGACGGAGAGCGGCUUCCCCUUAGUCCAUUACCUCUUCUUGGACCAUGAGUCCAAGGCGGUUGUUCUGACUCUGAGAGGGACGUGGGGGUUUGAAGAUAUUCUGACUGACAUGACAUGCGACUACGACGAUCUUGAAUGGCAAGGUAGAAGUUGGAAAGUUCACAAGGGUAUGCAUGCCUCCGCGAAACGGCUUUUGAUGGGAGGAGGCAGCAGAGUCAUGGUCACGAUUCGAGCUGCCUUGGAAGAAUUCCCGGAUUAUGGCGUCGUGUUCUGCGGCCACUCUUUGGGUGGAGGAGUCGCUGCACUCCUAGCAACAAUGAUCUCAGAACCCAACAAUGAAUGUUCCGGGACAUCAUUUACAACUGCUUCCUAUCAGUCUGCCAAGGGCAAUUUGCCUCUGGCUGGAGGCAAUAAGGGUGACAGCAGCGCUGCAUUUUUCCUGCCGCCAGGAAGACCAAUCCAUGUUUAUGCGUAUGGGCCUCCUUCGACUAUGUCCCCUUUUCUGCGUCGUGCAACACGGGGCUUGAUAACAACAGUUGUGAAUGGUCAAGAUGUGGUUCCUAGUCUCUCAUUGGGUAUCUUGCAUGAUAUGCAUACAGCGUCCCUUGCGUUCAAGAGUGAUGUCUCCAAUGCCAAAUCUCAUGUACGGUUCCGCGUCUGGGAAGGUUUGCGGCAAAGCAUAAUAAACAAAUUCUAUGUCAAUGAACCGCCUAUUCUUACGCACUCCGGAGACGGUGUUGGUGAGGACGCUUGGGCCUGGAACACUUUGAAGUUGCUUAGAGACGAGAUGUACGCCCCGAAACUGAUGCCACCGGGAGAGGUAUUCGUGGUUGAGACAAUGCGUGUUCUGCAGCGUAACGCCUUUACAUCUGAUUUGGAUAAAGAUGGCUAUCCGUUGCUAGGUCGGCCUGCAACAAGAGUACAGCUGAAAUUCAUCCGUGACGUCGAAGCGUUAUUUGGAGAACUCAGAUUCGGUUCAGGUAUGUUCAGUGAUCAUAACCCAGCAAGAUAUGAAGCCAGUCUUGCUGCGCUUGCGCGAGGUAUCUUGGAUGGUUGAUUUAUCGCUUUCAUUUCAUGCUCAUUAGAUUAAGCGAUGUAUAUAUUGGACCUAGCGCACUUUAAUGAUAUAUAAGGAU